ACAAGAAAUCCAAAAUCAAAGAUUGGAGGUGAAUUUCUGGGAAAAGGAUAAUUUCAGAAGAUUUUGAAAACAGGAUUUCCCUCUUUGGUUCAGUUAUUGAACUCAUAUUUUCCUACUUUUCACUCUACUUCUGGUGCUACUUCACUUCAUUCUCUCGUUCAUUCCCAGAGCAAAGAAGGACUGGAUUUUUUUCUCUGAUGAACCUGUUGGAUUGACGUCCAUAAAUCUCAUCUACAGUACUCUGCUGCUUCAUAUCUAAUUAUUAGAAUAAGGAAACAAUGAAGUUUCGAUUUUGUGGUGAUGCUGACUGCCCAGAUUGGGUUUUGGUGGAGAUUAAUACUCUUUCUAAAGUAUCAUCUGUGAAACUGAAAGUUCUUGCUCAGUUAGUAGCAAAAGGACUGACCAAUCCACCCAUAGAUGUGGAAAAAGCACAAAAACUCUUUUCUGAAUCCAAAUUAGAUGCAGAAGUUGAUUUAAAGGCCUGCAUAGCCUGUCUGUCAUACAUAUUAUCUUCAACAACACGUUUUAGCUGUGAUAGUAAUGCAUUGCAAAGUGAACUUCAACAACUUGGAUUGCCCAGAGAGCACAGCACAUCUAUUAAGAAAAUUGUAGAUGAGCACAUCACAAACCUUACCAAGAAAUUUGGAGAUAUGUCACUGUGUGUUAAUGCUUUAGAAAAUUUUGAUAUGAGACUGGAUCAAGAUUUGGGUUUUGUACUGCUAGAUUUGACUGUUAAUGGAAAAACCAAUACAGUCACCCUAACACCACAUACAGCAGAUGUGUUGUUGGAAGAUUUGAAAGAAGUAAGAAAGAAAAUGGUAGAGUUGAAAGAUGUAUGACUAAAAUCUAUAGAGAAAUAACAAGACAUGUUAUUCAACAUAUUUAUUAUACCAUAUUGAGAAAACAGGUAAAUAUUAAUAGGGUUUGUUGGAAUCUAUGCACAGCAAAUGAAGACCUAUAUAUUCUGUUACACCUACAGUGACCAUCAUGCCAUUUGCCCAUAGCCCUCUUGAAUCUUACAUUGUUGGGAAACUCUACUUCUUCAUCAUUGACCUUGAUAGGGUGUCUGGUGUUGAAGUCUGAAAAAUGUACAACUUCAUAGAAAAAAAGAAUGAAAGAAGGCAACAUUAUUUACAAUAAUAUUAUGUCAUUGAUAUUAUGGUUGAAGUUUUAUUAAAAGACUGGCUAAGGGGAAUUUGUUGAUCUGAUGGAUGUAUUGAAUGAAAUAAUCAUCAGUUAAUAAGACUAUAGGGUUAAAACAAGAGUUGCUGUGAAUUUUGACAAGGUAAAUGAGUGUGUAUACUAGGAUAUAUCCUCGGAUAUAUCUAUUCCAAUGGAUUAUCUCAUUCAUUUCAGAACAUUUUCACAAUUUAAUAUCAACACAAGAUCCUAUAAAUUGAGCAGAAAGCAAAAUUAAAUCCAGAAUUCAGUUAAAUCAUCAUUCAUUUAAACCUGGAUAAGUGACUAAACUUCCUUAUUUCAAAGAAUACCAUAUUUAUUUUUUCAGUUUUUGAAUACCACUCAAAAUAUCCUUUCUAAGGAUGUAUAACACUUCAUUUUCCAGAAACUGAUGAUAAAGUACUGGGCUCCAUUCAAAGUAAGAAAGUUGAGAGUCACAAUUCUGAUUUUGGUGAUUUUUAUUGUAUCAAAGUCUGCUCAAGUCAAUAAUAAGUCCUUGUGAUUAUCAUUGAAUGUCUUUAUCACCCAUACCCCAUACAUAUACAACAAAUCACACACAAUACUCAUUAUUGAAUGUACAAUCAAUUGUAUAUAUCAGUACUUUUUACUUUGAAUUUUGUAUGAAAUACCUCCAAUAGGAUUCAGUUUUUUCUCAAAUUACCU